AUGCGGUCGGGUCUUCAGAAACCUGGGGCCAUUCCGUUUCUCGCUCUCCUGAUCUUUUCGUUGUUGAGUCUGGUGCCGUCUCUGGCGAAGGACUGGGACUAUCAUAACUUGCCCUUCGGGCAUAUUGGGUAUCUCCGCAGCGAAACUCGACAUAUUUCCCGGGCAAAGGAUAGCUGGGCCGAUGUGCGAUCACGAUUACGAAUGACGGGCGGACAGUCAAAGUCGUGGCUAAUAGAAGGCUAUCGCCAGACGAACCCCGAUCGGAAAUCCCGGCCACGACGUCCGCCCACGGAUGCGCCUUCCCGGGGCUCGUUUGAAGCGCCUGCGAUUCUCGAUAGCGAUCCGAUGGCAUAUUUGGCCCAAGACUCAUCGUCGGCCUUCACGCGCGGUGUACGUGCCUUAAAGGCUCUGGUCAUCAGGCAAUUGGACGAUCCGCAGCUCAACCCUUCCUUUCCUGCUGAAAUUGAUUCCUCGACGGGUCAACUAUCAACGCGCCUAAGCCCGCUUUUCGCGAAUACCUCUCUGAAUGUGGCGCUUUCGCACAACGAAGACCUUUCUCGAUUGACAUCUGGUGGUGGCGAUGGCGAUCGUACGAUAAUAGACACGACCAACCUGGUUGACGUGCCGAAGUGGUUGUUAUCUUGUGUCCGGACCUCAUGGCAGCAGGCCUGUCGUGUUGGUAGCGGCUAUGUAGAGAUCGUCACGGGCCUCUACGGGUACCGAGAUGUCGCCGGAACAACUUCUUGUAAUUGCUCGGAAACAAUGAACACAAACGAUUCGUCUCGACCUCGAGGUUCGCGGAAAGAAGCGCCUCUGGGAGGCUCACUCCCAGCACUGCCAAUGGACGAGAACACCCAGGCCGGUGCGACAACCUCGGCUGUCCUCACCGAGUCGGUCGCCGCGCCUACGCAGCCACCUCCUCCGACUGCAACAGAGCAACCCAAGGCGGUCGAACGCCAAGCAGAACCAGAGCGAAUGCGCAGUGGCAGCUGUAUGGCUAUUGUGAUUGCGAUAGUUGCUGGCGUCAUGUGGUUUUAG